CUACAAUGGACUUGUCCAAAUUCUAAUUAUUUCUUCUUUGAUUUUUUCUUUUUUGUUUAUCAAACCCUAGAGUAUAAUCAAUCAAAUCUUACCUUAGGUUCCCUUUACUCACAUUGCCAUUGUAUAACAUCAAAAGGGCCUUGAAAAUUCUUGUAUUUCAGGUGUUAAAAUUGCGGGAAAUAAAUAAGUGAAUCAGCAUUUGGGGAGAUCAAAAUCGUCCUCCUCCUUGAAAAGACUCUGUUUCUGUGGCCAUUUGAUCCUUGAUGAUGCGUUGAAUCUGCUUAGUUUUGGAGGGCUUGGUUCAAAAAGAGUUUUGAUCCGAGACACAGAGAGAAUAUUGGGGGAUAAUGUCGAAUUUGUAUGGGGAUUUUAAUCAAAAGAUUGAUUACGUGUUCAAGAUUGUGUUGAUUGGAGAUUCUGCAGUUGGGAAAUCUCAGCUUCUGGCUCGUUUCGCCAGGAAUGAAUUUAGUUUGGAUUCAAAGGCUACAAUUGGGGUGGAAUUUCAAACCAAGACUCUGGCUAUUGAUCAAAAAACCGUGAAGGCACAAAUUUGGGAUACUGCUGGACAAGAAAGGUACCGUGCGGUAACAAGUGCCUACUACCGCGGAGCUGUUGGUGCAAUGUUGGUUUAUGACAUGACGAAACGACAAUCAUUUGAUCACAUGGCCAGAUGGCUGGAGGAACUGAGGGGGCACGCCGAUAAAAACAUUGUCAUAAUGCUGAUCGGAAACAAGUGUGAUCUGGGAAGUCUUCGAGCUGUACCUGUUGAGGACGCCCAAGAAUUCGCCGAAAGAGAGAACUUAUGCUUUAUGGAGACAUCGGCGCUAGAAUCAAUAAAUGUCGAGAGCGCCUUCAUGACAGUCCUUACCGAAAUAUACAGAAUCAUAAGCAAGAAAUCGCUUAACGCUGGCGAUGGCCCCGACUAUGGUAAGUCGGGAUCUUUGAAGGGGACGAAGAUCAUUGUUCCUGGCCAAGAUUCAGAUCCUGGUGGGAGAAAGACUGGCUGUUGCAUGUCAUCAUCAUGAGUAGUACUUUUCCAAAUACUUGUCUUUUUUUUUUUCUUCCUAGUUGGAUAGGCAGCAAAGCUUUAAUUUUGAAGCACUGGAAAGUGUACAAAAUUGAGCAAUAUUAUUAGUUUUAUCGAUCUUAUAGGAUGAUGAAUAGAGAAGCAGCCAUUUAUAAUAUCUCAUUGUUGUAUCGGGAUAGGAAAAUGCUAUUAAGUAACGAGCAUUUGGAGAUCGGGUAGUGUUUGAUUAGAAUGUGUAACAAAGCCUUUGAGGAGGUUAUGUUCUUAUGCUUUUUCGUACUAAUUAAAGAAGCAUUAAGCAC